AGGGAAUGGGAGGACUGCAGACAAUACAACUCCAGGGCGGAGGUCAACAGCAGGUGAUAUCCGCCUCUCCCGCAGCUCUACAGAGUCUGAGUAUAACUCCGUCGGGGAAUAUCGUGGCCAACGUUCCCAAUGCUGGCCAACAGGUGGGGCCUAUGAGUCCCGUUCAAGCCAUUCAAAUCGCAAACGCGGGCCAAUUCAUGACUCAGCAGAUCCAACAGGACCCCAACGACCCCACGAAGUGGCAGUUGGUCUCCACGCCCACCAAUGUGUCGGUUCAGAAUCAACUUCAGGGCCAGUUUGCGGCCACGCCUACGACCGACGGGACGGCAACGCCGGGCAGUGAGCCGGGAACGGGUCGUAAGAUGAGACGAGUGGCCUGUACUUGUCCUAACUGUCGCGACGGUGAGGGCAGGAAUAGUGAGACUAAGAAGAAGCAACACAUCUGUCAUAUUCCCGGAUGUAAUAAAGUAUAUGGAAAGACAUCUCAUCUGAGAGCUCACCUGCGAUGGCACACAGGAGAACGACCCUUUGUCUGCAAUUGGCUCUUCUGUGGCAAACGAUUCACCCGUUCUGAUGAACUACAGCGACAUCGAAGGACACAUACCGGCGAAAAGCGAUUCCAAUGCGCCGAAUGUUUGAAGAGGUUUAUGAGAAGCGAUCACUUGUCGAAACACCUGAAGACACAUCAGGCGAAGAAAGUGAGUCAACAGCAACAGAGCGACGACACGGCGCUCACUAUCGCGGCCACGGCUGAGAUGGCUAUGGAUUCGGAACAAACAGAUCUGGCCAUCAAUGAGAGUAUCUUAAUUGUUGAAAACAAAACACACACCACUUCUCAGCGAUCUUUUCACUUCAAACGCGACAAAAGCGAGACUUUGAGGCAAACAUUCGCCAGAAUUGCGUUGAAUAUCAACAAGUCUUUGAAGAAGAAGACAAAGACUAAGUCCAAGACCACCGCUCAAACCGAUGCCCACACCGUUGACAUUCAGCUCAUCAGCGAUGGGCUCAGCGUUUCUCAAGACUCGGCCAACACUCAUGUCUGGAAAUCAGGGCAAACUCUUGUGGUGGGAGUGAAGAAAUACGAUGUCUUCGUGAACGCGCCGACAGUCAAAUGGAUGCGAUUACUCAAAAUGGGAACCGAUAAACAAACAAAACAAACGGCCAAAGACUCUGAAAAUAGUGAUUGGAUUUUAGUUGGAGAAGGAUUUUAUUACGAGACCACUAGUGAUGAUAUCGGCUCUAAACUCAAAGUGGUUUGUCAUCCGUUGAAUGGCAGACAAUGCGAAGCCAUUUCGGAGCAUCCGAUUGAAGCGAAUCCC